GGAGGGGCGCGAGGACUUCUGCUUCGCCUGCGGCCUCCGGCGGCGCGGGCUGGGUUUCGCGGCUUGCACCCAGGCGCACCCGGCCAGGGAAAGGGUUGCAUGAGCGGUGGGCCAGGGGGUUGCGGUUGGGGUGCAGGGAGGGCCUCGGGUCCUGGGCCGGGGGGCGCAGGGAGGAGGGCCGGGGCGCGGGGGAGCGCGGGGACAUGGCAAAGCUGGACGAUGAGGAGGGGGCAGCGGUGGCACCCGGGCACCCGCCCGCGAAUGGAUACCUUCUGGUCCCGGGGGGCGAGCCCCCCGGAAAGCUGAGCUCCGAGCCGCAGAACGGACCCAAAGCCGGCUGCCUGACCCCGAAUGGAGUGUCUCGGGACCGCCUCGUGGCCGCCGCUGAAUCCCUCGGCAGGCCGCAGACUCCGCUGGCUCCAGAGGAGGAGACCCAGACCCGGCUGCUGCCUGCGGGCCCCGGGGAGGAGACCCCCGGGGCCGAGGGCUCCCGGGUGCCCCAGACGGCGCUCUCUGCGCGGCGCUUUGUGGUGCUCCUGAUCUUCAGCCUGUACUCGCUGGUGAACGCCUUUCAGUGGAUCCAAUACAGCAUCAUCAGCAAUGUCUUUGAGGGCUUCUAUGGCGUCUCCUCCCUGCACAUCGACUGGCUGUCCAUGGUGUACAUGCUGGGCUACGUGCCCCUCGUCUUCCCCGCCACGUGGCUGCUGGACACCAGAGGCCUGCGGCUCACGGCCCUACUGGGCUCCGGCCUCAACUGCCUGGGCGCCUGGAUCAAGUGCGCCAGUGUCCAGCGGCAUCUCUUCUGGGUCACCAUGCUGGGCCAGUGCCUGUGCUCCGUGGCCCAGGUGUUCAUCCUCGGCUUGCCCUCCCGCAUCGCCUCGGUGUGGUUUGGGCCCAAGGAGGUAUCCACAGCUUGUGCCACUGCCGUGCUAGGCAAUCAGCUUGGAACUGCAGUUGGCUUUUUGCUACCACCAGUUUUAGUGCCCAACACACAGAAUAACACAGAUCUUCUGGCUUGUAAUAUCAGUACCAUGUUUUAUGGAACAUCAGCCGUCGCCACAUUUUUAUGUCUUUUAACAGUAAUUGCAUUCAAAGAAAAACCUCAGUAUCCACCGAGUCAGGCUCAAGCAGUUCUUCAAAAAAGUUCCCCUGCUGAAUACUCCUAUAAGAAAUCAAUAAGGAACCUAUUUAGAAACAUUCCUUUUGUCCUUCUCUUGAUCACUUAUGGUAUCAUAACUGGAGCAUUUUACUCAGUCUCAACAUUAUUAAAUCAAAUGAUACUGACAUAUUAUAAGGGAGAAGAAAUCAAUGCUGGAAGGAUUGGGCUAACAUUGGUAGUAGCUGGAAUGGUAGGCUCUAUUCUUUGUGGCUUGUGGCUAGAUCAUACCAAAACAUACAAACAGACUACUCUGAUAGUUUACAUUUUGUCUUUUUUGGGAAUGGUUGUAUUUACUGUCACGUUGGACCUUGGACACAUUGCCGUCGUGUUCGUUACUGGAGGGGUACUUGGUUUCUUCAUGACCGGUUACCUCCCAUUGGGUUUUGAAUUUGCUGUUGAAAUCACUUACCCAGAAUCUGAAGGUACUUCCUCUGGUCUUCUUAAUGCCUCAGCACAGAUAUUUGGAAUUUUGUUCACAUUGGCUCAAGGAAAGCUCACGUCAGCCUAUGGUCCUAGGGCAGGGAAUGUUUUCCUCUGUAUUUGGAUGUUUCUAGGCAUCAUUUUAACAGCAUUAAUCAAAUCUGAUCUCAAAAGACACAAUAUAAACAUAGGAAUUGUGAACGGUGAUAUUAAAGCUGUACCAGUUGAAGAUAGUCCCACAGAUCAAGAAUCCAAAACUAUGAUGAUGUCCAAGCAGUCAGAAUCGGCAAUUUGAGGUGAAAGAAGAAGUUAACAUCAUGUGAUAGUUGAGCAGUAAGACUUGGUUUAUACAUGACAGGAGAUGGAUACUUAAUUGAAAAUUACUAUGUGACCUCUGACUAUAGUUACUAUCUUGCUUCAUUGUUAACGUAAGCAAGAUUUUGCUUAAGAGACUUCGGCUCACAUCCUAUUAACACUACCAUUUAUCUACUGAGCAUCCCAUUGUUAAUCCCCUACUGCUGAUCAGAAAGUAAGCUUCUUGACGUGUAUUUUCCAGAAGUGUUUUCUUUUCUAUGGAAAAUAGAUGGUCAGAGGCUUUCUAAAAUAAUAAUGUGGAGGUCUAAUCACCUUAAGUUACAGAGGAGUAUAUACCAUUUAGAACCAAGCGUGCAAUAUAUCCCUAAUUGGCUCCCUUUCCAUUAUUCUGACCAACUGUCCAGUCGGCCUCAGUGGGAGUACCAACAUGGCACUUCUAAGCCCUCAAAGGACAGCACUGGGAUGAGACUUCCACGGAACCUCUAAGAUUUUUCUGGCUUCUUCUAUUCUUGUUAAACAGUGCUUUGUAACAUGUACUCUCGAUGACCAUCAAAACUAUUCUGUGUACACGUUGAACCCACGACUUUGGUCUUAGACUCAUGUUCUAAUUAAGCUAAGGAGCCCAGACACAGGCUCAUUACCUUGAGUUCUCUGCACUGCCUUCCUACCAUGGCCUAAAUGCUAAAACUGUUUUUUUUUUCACUCCAACUUGGAAUAGAAUGAUUUUGUACCCACUGCCUUGUUUACUCUCUUUUUUUCAAUGCAAGCAUGCCUUGGAGAUAUUGGGGGGUCAGCUCCAGACCAUUCAGAAUAAAGCAAGUAUCACCAUAAAGUGAUUCGAAUGAAUUCUUUGGUUUCCCAGUCCACAUAAAAGUCAUGUUUACACUAUUCUGUAGUCUGUUAAGUGUGCAGUAGACUGAAAGAACAAUGUACACACCUUAAAGGAAAAAAGACCUCUUGCUAAAAAGUGCUAACCAUCAUCUGAGCUCUCAGCAAGUCAUAACUGCUGAUCACAGAUUACCUACUAAAUAGAAUAAUAAUGACAAAGUUUGAAAUACUGCAAGAAUUACCAAAAUGUGACACAGAGACACAAGCAAGCAGAUACUUUUGGAAAAAUGUCACCAAUGGACUUGCUUGAUGCAGGGUUGCCACAAAACCUCCAGUUUGUUUUUAAAAAAAAAAAAGAACACAGUAUCUGUGAACAGCAGUAAAUGAAAUCACAGUAAAACAAGGUAUGCCUGUGUAUAACUUUCUAGCAAGAAAAUGCCAUCCUACGUGUCUGUUGGCUUUUUCGUGAUUUCUUGCAUCACGCCUAAUACUUUGGCUUGAAGGCUGUGGAGAUAAAUCUGUGGUACCGAAGCCCAGAGGUCUCAUUUAGUGGAGACCUCUGGAAAUGCUGUCUUCAUUCUGCACUAUCAUGGGUAUGAUCAUUCUCCUUCGAGGAAUACUGUGCCCGGGUACGUGCUCCCUCGGCGUGUUGGGGGGAGUGUAUUCUUUUCUUCACCAGAGUGUACAUAGUCUCCACGCUGUUGGAAAAAAGUCUGCUUUGUUACAUGCUCAGGGUAAGGAAAAUAGGACCAAAUGUGUUUCUACAGUGCCUACCACUUCAUUUUGUUUACAAUGAGAAUUUAAAUGUUGUUUCUGUCCUGACUGUCGUAAGCUGAUAGGGAAAUAUCUUUACAAUAAUGACAUCUAAGCAGCCAUGAUAUUUACAUUACGUCCACAUCAACCAAAAAAAAAAAAAAAAAGUCAGAUAUACCCUUGAAUACUCUUGAAGUGAAUUAGCAAUUCUGAUUUGGGCAUAUUAUAUGCAUUGCUUUAUAUUGAAAUGAUAACAUUCUCUGUAAUCAAACGACAGUAAAUUAUAUAGACUCUUACCCUGGAGAAUGUGUCACCAGAAGAAUGUAGCUGGGAAUCAGGAGCUCUGGGUCAGUGACCUGGAUCUAUUUUUAGCUGUCCCUGUCACUCGCUGGCCAGCAUUUUCCUCAUCCAUAUAAUGAAUGUGUUCACUUUGAUCUCAGAGAUCUUUUUUGAAUCUUAAAUGCCGUCUGUCAUGGGCUAGACCAAAUCACUGAACCACAGGAACUUAAUUCUAGCUAGAGAAGAAUCCCCUGGAGAACUGGAUCAACAGCUGUGAUGGAUACUUGGUGGAUAUGGGGACUUUAACAUCUGUUUUUGCUUUUUCAUUCAGUUGGUGGUAGUGCAGGCAGAAUAUGCUGAAUCAUUAACUUCCUUAGAUACUUACAGGUUUUAUGGCCAAAAAUAUAUUCUAAGAUCCCUCCUAAAUAAUUAUUUUUAUUUGUGAACUAUCAAUUGUUUAAAAUAAUCACAUACUUAUUGAGUUCCUGAGCUUUUGAAAAAAAUUACAGAUAAAAGUUGGGCUACUUUGUUUCUGAAAAGCAGCGUAUGCGUAUGUGAUGUGUGUCUUUGUUGAUUAGAAAAAGGAUGAAAUAUUAUGUUCCAAAACACAAAAUGGAUUGAUAAUUUUUUCUACAUUUUGAGUUAAAGUUGUAACAUGUCAAACAAGAAUGUCAUAUAAUUCUGUCUUAUCUUUGGAAAAUGGAGUUGGGUAACCAACACUUGUGUAAGUUUUAAUGAAGUGCUUUUAGAAAGAAAUUGGAUGCUUUCAAAAGCUGUUGCAUUUAUAAAUGUGGCAAAACAAACAAACACUAGCUUUUGUGAAUGUUGGAGCAAUGUCUUUAAAAAUAUGUUUGUGUAUAAACUCAGAGCAUUGCCAGAAGAAUGCCUGUCUGUAUUAAGUCAUCUUUCAUGUUCUAAUUUUUGCUUUUUGUACUAAUGGUCGGUAUGCUUGUCCUUCAGUGUUUCAGACCUGAAAUAAAUUUAUUUUUUUAAUGUUCA